AUGAGAGACACUUAUCAAAAAUGGCUCAAUGACUAUACCACCAUGUAUUGCAUUAUAAGGGCAACCAUGAAUGAUGAACUUAGUCAUAAGUUCAAGGAUGCAAAAUCAAAGCAAAUGAUUCAAAUGUUGAACAAGUUUUUUGACAUCCCAAAGGAUGCUGAGAGAUAUAAAACCUCCUGUGCUGUGCUUAAUGCUCCUACAGGAGGUACCAUUAAUCAAAAAACAGAGGAAGAAGCUUUUGAUUUGAUUGAUGAGAUGGCAUCAAAUAGCUAUCAGUGGCAAACAAACCGUAUGAUGCCAAGAAGACCAGUAGCCGUGCACGGAGUAGAUAGCAUUCCAGCUUUAUCAGUUGAGAUUGCAGCUCUUCAGGCUGAAUUCAACAACAUGAAGGGUGUAGCUAUGCAUAUGCAAAGCAUCACUUGUGAGCUAUGUGGAGGAGGACACGAUACAAGCGAUUGCCAGAUAGGUAAUCCUUUUGCUAAAGCCCGGGAUACAGAUAACUAUGUUGGAGCAAGUAUUAAUCUCAUGCCAUUUUCUAUUUUUAGGAAGUUGGGAUUAGGAGAACCAAAGCCCACCACCAUCACUCUUCAACUAGUCCAUAGGUCCAUCAAAUAUCCAAGGGGUAUAGUGGAGGAUGUCUUGGUAAAGGUAAACAAGUUUAUUUUCUUUGUUAAUUUCAUUGUUCUUGACAUGGAAGAAGAUUAUGAUGUACCCCUUAUCUUAGGGAGACCCUUUAUAGCUACUGGAGGGGCAUUAAUAGAUGUUCAACAAGGGAAAUUAAUUCUUAGAGUCCAAGAAGACCAAGUUACCUUUAAUGUUUUUAAGGCUAUUAAACAUCCUAACGAUAGUCAAACUUGUUUUCGGAUUGAUGAUAUUGAUGAAUUGGUUCAUGAGUUUUUCAUAGAGAACAGGUUUGAGGACCCUAUAGAGGCUUGCAUUGUCCAAUCAAAAGAGGGUUCGGCUGAAAAUGAAAGGUUUGAUGGAAGAGAAGCUAUUGAGAGUAUUAAAAAUCACAAGAGGGCAUUUGGAUGGACCAUAGCAGAUAUUAAUAGAAUUAGUCCCUCAGUUUGUAUGCAUAAAAUUCUCAUGGAGGAUAACUAUGAGCCUACGAUCCAACCCCAAAGGAGACUCAACCCAAGUAUGCAAGAAGUGGUCAAAAAGGAGGUAAUCAAGCUACUAGAUGCAGGUAUUAUUUAUCCUAUCUCAGAUAGUUCUUGGGUGAGUCCUGUUCAAGUAGUCCCUAAGAAAGGUGGGAUCACUGUAGUUCAAAAUGAUAAUAAUGAAUUAAUUCCUACUAGGACUGUGACUGGAUGGAGAGUAUGCAUAGAUUAUAGAAAAUUAAAUGAUGCAACUAGGAAAGAUCACUACCCUCUCCCAUUCAUUGAUCAGAUGCUAGAGAGAUUAGCUAGGCAUGAUUUUUAUUAUUUUCUAGAUGGUUAUAAUCAAAUUGCCAUAGCACCUGAGGAUCAAGAGAAAACUACUUUUAUGUGUCCUUAUGGUACAUUUGCUUUUAAGAGAAUGUCAUUUGGUUUAUGCAAUGCACCAGCUAUUUUUCAAAGAUGUAUGAUGGCUAUUUUCUAUGAUAUGCUUGAGGAUUUUCUAGAAAUUUUUAUGGAUGAUUUUUCUAUUUUUGGGUCUACAUUUGACAAAUGCCUGCAUAACUUAUCUCUUGUUAUACAAAGAUGUGAGGAUACUAAUCUUGUUUUAAAUUGGGAGAAGUGUCAUUUGAUGGUGCAGGAAGGCAUAGUGCUAGGUCACAAGGUCUCAUAUAAAGAGAUUGAAGUGGAUAGAGCUAAGAUUGAGGUAAUUAAAAAAUUACCUCCACCUACCUCAGUAAGAGCUGUCAGGAGUUUCUUGGGGCAUGCUGGAUUCUAUCAUCGAUUUAUAAAGGACUUCUCUCUUAUUUCUAGAUCUCUAUCUAAUUUAUUGUGUAAAGAUAUUCCUUUCUAUUUUUUUAAAGAGUGUUUGCAGGCAUACAACACCCUCAAGGAGAAGCUUGUCACGGCACCUAUUAUAGUGGCACCAGAUUGGUCCCUACCAUUUGAAUUGAUGUGUGAUGCUAGUAAUACAGCUGUUGGAGCAGUACUUGGUCAGAAAAAGGACAAGAUUUUUCAAGCUAUUUACUAUGCCAACCACACUUUGACAGAAGCUCAACAAAAAUAUGCAACCACAGAGAAGGAGCUCCUGACAGUAGUAUUUGCUUUAGAUAAAUUUCAUUCUUAUCUUAUACUAUCUAAAGUUGUUGUAUAUAUUGAUCAUGCAUCUCUUAAAUAUCUCCUUGCCAAAAAAGAUGCAAAACCCAUAUUGAUCAGGUGGAUUCUUUUACUACAAGAAUAUGAUUUAGAGAUCAAAGAUAAGAAGGGUACAGAGAAUGCUGUGGCUGACCACCUCUCCAAAUUAGAAAAUAUCAUGAAAAAGGAAUUGGAUAUUUGUCCUAUCAAGGAAGAGUUUCCAGAUGAGCGCCUCUAUACUAUCAUAGGUACAACAUUCCUAUGGUAUGCCGAUAUUGUUAACUACCUGGUUGGUGAGGUUCUCCCUCUUAAUCUUUCUUUUCAACAAAAGAAGAGGUUUUUAUCCAUUGUUAAAUAUUAUUUUUGGGAAGAACCUUUCUUGUACAAGUGUUGUGCAGAUCAGGUCAUCAGGAGAUGUGUUCCUGAGGAAGAAACAAGCGGUCAAGUAGAGGUGUCAAAUAGGGAAUUGAAAAGAAUCUUAGAAAAGACCAUAAGUGCAUCUAGGAAAGAUUGGUCAUUGAAAUUAGACAAUGCAUUGUGGGCAUAUAGGACUGCAUAUAAAACAUCCAUUGGUACAUCCCCAUAUAGAUUAGUCUUUAGUAAAGCAUGUCAUCUCCCUGUUGAGCUAGAGCAUAAAGCAUAUUGGGCAAUGAAAAUUCUUAACUUUGAUAUGCAAGAUGCAAGAAAGAAUAGGUUAAUGCAGCUCAACGAGAUGGAAGAGUUUCGCCAUGAUGCUUAUGAGAAUGCCCGGAUCUAUAAAGAACGUACUAAAAAGUGGCAUGAUAAACAUAUUUUAAAGAGAGAAUUUAAUGAGGGCCAACAAGUUCUCUUGUAUAGUUCAUGACUUCAUUUGUUCCUAGGAAAGUUAAAAUCAAGAUGGACAGGUCCUUAUAUAGUUACUAAGGUAUUCCCGUAUAGAGCAGUGGAGAUCUCUUAUGAGGCAAAAGGUACCUUUAAGGUUAAUGGUCAUAGGUUGAAACAUUACUUAGAUGGAAGUUUUAAGGGGGAGAAGGCACUCCUCCGAUUGUAA